AUGCUCACCAAAUCCCUCUUCCUGUCUCUGCUCGGCCUGGGCGCUUUCGUUUCUGCCCACACACCACCCUCCGACACAUCAUCCAUCCAAGCCCAUCAGAGCCUCGCCCAGAAAUGUGGCCCCAAAGUUGGCCAAAUGAAGCGUGCCCACGCCCUCCGCCGCCGCGGCUCCAUCGACCCCGGCACCACCGAAACAGACUACACCGUCCACGCCCAAGCCCCUAAGUACGACUUCAUCAGAAACUGGACCAGCAUCCUUACGCCUGAAACUAGCAAUGGGCCAUACUUCUACCCACGUAGCCAGACUCUCAGGCAGGAUAUUCGAGAGGACCAGCCUGGUGUGCCGCUCAGCCUGGAGAUUGGUGUGGUUGAUGUUGAUACUUGUGAGCCGGUCCAAGAUGUGUUGGUUGAUAUCUGGCAUUGCAACGCGACGGGGUCGUACAGCUCAUUUACGGGGUUGUCUCCUAAUGACCCUUUCGAGGAGGUGUACGCCCAACAGGACGAGGGGAAGCCGUUUGAUCUUCACGACGGACUUCCUGAUCUUUCCUUCCUUUCAACGGAUAAUUCGACCUGGCUCCGUGGCAUGUGGCCAACCGAUAAGCACGGCGUUACCUCGUUCACGACUAUCUUCCCUGGUUUCUAUAUCCAACGCGCAAUUCAUAUCCACGCGCAAGUCCACACAAACUGGACCAUCCGCUCAAACGGCACCCUCGUCCACGGGCCCAUCGUGAGCACCGGGCAAAUCUUCAUCGAUGAGAAACUCGAGCAGGAAAUCAUGGCUCUGGAGCCGUAUGCGAGUCACACGGAGAUUGAACGUGUGAAGAACCUCGAUGAUGGAAUUUAUACCACCGAGUCUAACACCGGGGCAAUGACCAUUCUUGAUACCGAGCCGUUGGAUGGGGUUGACUAUAUGAAUGGUGUCGUUGGAUAUAUUACUUUGGGAAUCCAACAAACGCAUAUCCGGAACGGGACUACUAUUGAUGCUUUGCCGAGUGCGAGCCCUACUCCUAGUUCUUGA